CCGCGCGCGAGGGGAGAUAUGGGGCCGGGCGGCGCCGGUGGGGGACUCGCGUGGCUGCUGCUAGCCUCGGGCGCCUUCCUGAGCCAGGCCUCGAGCCAGGCGCCGCCUCAGGGCUUCCGAUACGUCUCCUACGAGGUGAUCAUCCCGAGGAAGAUGGCGCCGCGUCGCGGGCGGGAGCCCCAAGACCUCACGUACCUCGUGGAGCUGCAGGGGAAGGGCCACGUGGUGUACCUCCGGCAGAAGAGAGGCUUCGUGCCUCAGCACUUCCCGGUGUUCACGUACGGCAAGGAGGGAGACCUCCAAGCGGACUACCCUUUCGUCAGGGACGAUUGCUUCUACUACGGGUUUGUGCAAGGCCAGCCCUCCUCUCUGGUCGUGGUCAGCACAUGCUCAGGAGGACUUAGGGGCCUCCUGCAGGUGGAAAACAAGACGUACGAAAUCGAGCCGGUCCAGGCACCCACGAACUUUCAACAUGUGGUGUAUCGGCUGGAAGAAAAGGAAGGCGCCGUCCGCAUGAGGUGCGGGCUCACUAAGGGAGAUCAAAAUCUCCAGGAGGCAAUGAUCCAUAUCCCAGAGAAUAUAGAGCUCAGAAGGUCCCAGGGAGCACUCUGGCAGACACAUGCCAGAUAUGUGAAGGUUGCAGUUGUAGUGGAACAUGAGCUGUUUGUCCACACUGGCAGAAAUGAAAGUCUUGCUGCUAGAGAAGUACUGGAUAUUGUCCAUAUUGCAGAUUCACUCUAUAAGCCUCUUGGGAUUCAUGUAGUCCUAGUUGGACUAGAAAUAUGGUCACAAAAGAACCUCAUGGCAAUUGCUAAAAGUAUAGAUGAACUGCUUGAUGUUUUUAAUACUUGGAGAAAAACGACUUUCAUCCACCAUCUAAGGCAUGAUGUUGGCCACUUAUUUGUAUAUAAGCAUUUUGGAGAUAAGCUUGGAUUAUCAUUUGUGGGAACAGUGUGUGAUCCCAUUUGGGCAUCUGCUGUUGAGGCAUUUAUUACUUCUAGUUUGUUCUCAUUCACUAUAACUUUUGCUCAUCAGUUGGGCCAUAACCUUGGCAUGCAACAUGAUGAGAAAUACUGCACUUGUAGUCAGCAUUCUUGCAUUAUGGCUUCAUUACAGAGCAACACAAGUCAGUUUAGCAAUUGCAGUUUUGAUAGUUAUUCUACCCUAAUGAAUAGUGGUAGGAAACAAUGUCUGUUAAUUCCACCAGAGCAUGAGAAACUGUAUGAGCUCGAAAACUGUGGAAACAAGGUGGUAGAGAGCGGAGAACAAUGUGAUUGUGGUUCAGAAUUUCAUUGUGAAUUGGAUGCAUGUUGCCAGUCGAAUUGUAUGAUGCGGUCAGGAGCUACUUGUGCUUUUGGAACAUGCUGUGCCAACUGUCAGUUUCUUCCAGCUGGAACAGUUUGUAGAGAAAGGACUGACAUCUGUGAUCUUCCUGAAUACUGCACUGGGAUUUCAGAGUGGUGUCCUGAAGAUGUUUAUGUACAAGAUGGAGCUCCAUGCUAUGAUGGUGCCUACUGCUAUCACGGGAAAUGCUCUACUCACAUUCAACAGUGCAAAAUGAUAUUUGGCAAACAAGCAACGGUUGCCCCACUAGAUUGCUUCAAAGAAAUAAAUACGCGAGGUGACCGCUUUGGCAAUUGUGGCGUUAUUCCUGGUGAUGUUUAUAAGAAAUGUGAAAACAGUAGUAUCUUGUGUGGAAGAGUCCAGUGCAUAAAUAACGAUAAAGUGUCUAAUCUAAAUGAGCAUAGCACCAUAAUACAAACUCCUGUUAGCAACAACUUGUGCUGGGGUGCAUACUACCCAAGUGGAAUGGGCAUAGCUGAUAUUGGAGCAGUGAGAGAUGGUACACAAUGUGGCGAUGGCAUGAUAUGUAUUAAUAGGUAUUGUAUCAAGGUAUCCCUUCUGAACUAUGACUGUAAUCAAACAAAGUGCCACAACAGAGGAAUGUGCAACUCUCAUAAAAAUUGUCAUUGUAACUAUGGUUGGGCCCCUCCAUAUUGUCUAAAUGAAGGCUAUGGUGGCAGCAUUGACAGUGGACCCCCUCCACCUAAGAGUGGCAAUUUAGGUAUGACUAUAAGCAUUGUAAUAGUUAUUUUUACUGUUGUUAUUGGAGCUGGGGUUGGAAUCAUAUAAGGAAUUUCACUGAUAGAAGGUUUGAAAUUACUUACUGUAUAUUACUCAUUGAAGUGUCAGACUCCAGUAAGCUCUCAAAAGACAGCAAGUCCUAAAGUGUCUAAUCUGACAUUGCAAACACUUGGGAGAUAUUGAGCUUAUAAAGGAUUUCACUCAGUACAUUAUGCUGCAAAUAAUGUAUUUUGUUGCUUGUAAAACAAGUCUGGCCUCUCAAUAAUUUAAAAAUCUGACUUGCUAUUAAUUUUCUAGGCACAUCAGCUUAUGAAAAUACUUGGGCACCUAGAUAGUAAUGUUUGAGGAUGACUUCCCACAGGGUCUGUUGUAACAUAAUUACUGUGGAGUAUCACAUAAACAGAGCACUCUAGUGUGGGUUGGGGCUGACCAGGGCCUAUUUAAAUAGGUCCUAUCAGACUGAUCUUAUUUGCAGGUCAUGUUGAGGUAAUGCAAAGUGUUUAUUAGGGAAAUAAAUUGAAACCUGACCAAUUGUUCUAAUUGGCACCUGUGGUUUUUAAAAACAAUGUACCUCUGCUCUCUGAAUGGAGAAGCUGAAGUUCCAUGUUCUUGUUGAAGGCCAAGCAUAUAAGUAGUUAAUUAAUGGAGCCAUUUCCAAAACA